CUGAGCUUAAGAAAAGGCAACUAGCCGGAUCAGAUAUGUGCACAUUGGAUCAGGGCUACUCCGUAUUAGUACUGUCUUGUUGACCAACUGCUUGGAAAGUUCUGUGUUUCUCAUUCCGCUUGCAAUACAACUGUACCUUCAAUCAGCUGCCCCCGCAUCCUUUCUUCCCCUUCGUCGCCCCGCCGCUCCAAUAACGCCGAUUCUCUGCUUUUCAUCCAUUGCUGCUUUCACAUCUUGUUUCCCCUCCAGAAGCACUUCUUCUGCUGCUCAUCUUUCAUUCCCCUAGGUCGUUCCAUACACAAAAAAAGGGAAACAAAAGACAAAAGAAAGAGGGGGAAAGGCUUCCUCUCGCAUCCAAGUUUCCCCCAUCGUUUGCCCAUUAAAAUCAUCCUAACUUUCCUCCAUUUCGAGUCUUUUUACACUACACAUCUACACCUGACGACUACCUGAGAGGCUGAGAUCUGCGCAGUCUCAAAACGAGCUGAAAAACACUCCCACAAAAAAAAAAAUCCAUGGCAAUGGCAGAGGUGGCGCUGGCUGGCUUACGAUUGGCGGUAUCGCCGAUCCUGAAGAAGCUCCUCGCUGAUGCUUCAACGUACCUUGGGGUGGACAUGGCUAGUGAGCUCCGUGAACUGGAGAGCACCAUCAUGCCGCAGUUCGAGUUGAUGAUUGAAGCAGCUGACAAGGGCAACCACAGGGCCAAACUGGACAAAUGGCUCCAGGAGCUGAAACAAGCCUUGUACAACGCCGAAGAUCUUCUGGACGAGCAUGAGUACAAUCUCCUCGAGCGCAAAGCAAAGAGCGGGACGGAUUCCUCGCCAUCGCUGGCCUCUUCCAGCAGCACUAUUUUGAAGCCUGUGCGUGCUGCGUCGAACAUGUUCUCCAAUCUGAGCUCGAAGAACCGAAAGCUACUUCGCCAGCUAAAAGAACUGAAGUCCAUUCUGGCGAAAGCCAAGGAGUUCCGUCAACUUCUUUGCUUACCAGCUGGUGGUAACAGUGCAGAGGGCCCCGUUGUACAAACAGCCGUUAUUCCUCAGACCACGUCAUUACCACCUCUGAAAGUAAUAGGUCGUGACAAGGACCGCGAUGAUAUAAUAAACCUUCUUACCAAGCCGGUUGGUGUUGAGGCUAAUUCAGCCGCAUAUUCAGGUUUGGCCGUUGUUGGAGCAGGAGGCAUGGGAAAAUCCACCUUAGCACAGUAUGUUUACAAUGACAAGAGGGUGCAAGAAUAUUUUGAUGUCAGGAUGUGGGUGUGCAUCUCACGCAGACUUGAUGUCCAUCGUCAUACAGGGGAAAUUAUUGAAUCCGCAACUAGGAUGGAGUGCCCACGUGUUAAUAAUCUGGAUACUCUCCAGUGCCAAUUAAGGGACAUACUGCAAAAAUCAGAACAAUUCUUGCUUGUGCUGGAUGAUGUUUGGUUUGAUGAUUCGAACAGUCAGGUGGAAUGGGACCAACUGUUAGCUCCUCUAGUUUCUCAGCACAUGGGAAGUAAGGUUCUGGUAACUUCUCGACGGGAUACAUUUCCUGCUGCUCUUUGCUGUGAAAAGGUGUUCCGUUUGGAAAUCAUGGAAGAUACUCAGUUCUUGGCACUCUUCAAACAACAUGCCUUCUCUGGAGCAGAAAACAGAAACCCACAGUUGCUUGAAAGGCUAGAAACGAUUGCAGAGAAAAUAGCUAAAAGGCUUGGACGAUCUCCUUUGGCUGCAAAAGUUGUGGGUUCCCAGUUGAAAGGGAAAAUGAAUAUCUCUGCCUGGAAAGAUGCUCUAACUUUAAAGAUUGACAACUUAAGCGAGCCCAGGACAGCCCUUUUAUGGAGUUAUCAGAAGUUAGAUCCACGUCUGCAGAGGUGCUUUGUAUAUUGCAGCUUGUUUCCAAAAGGGCACAAAUAUAACAUUAAUGAGUUGGUUCACCUGCUGAUAGAAGAGGGACUUGUUGAUCCAUGCAACCAGAGCAGAAGGAUGGUAGAUAUCGGAAGGGAUUACCUCAAUGAGAUGGUUUCUGCAUCUUUCUUCCAACCAGUUUCCGAAAGAUUUAUGGACACAUGCUACAUUAUGCAUGAUCUUCUGCAUGAUUUGGCAGAGUUGCUCUCUAAAGAAGACUGCUUCAGAUUAGAAGAUGAUAAGUUGACAGAAAUACCAUGCACCAUCCGGCAUCUAUCUGUUCGUGUUGAGAGUAUGAAAAGGCAUAAGCACAAUAUCUGCAAGCUACAUCAUUUACGCACUGUUAUCUGUAUCGACCCACUUACAGAUGAUGUAAGUGAUAUUUUCCAUCAGGUGCUGCAAAACUUGAAGAAGUUACGUGUACUCUGUUUAUGCUUUUACAAUAGUAGCAAGCUGCCUGAAUCUGUUGGUGAGCUAAAGCACCUUCGGUAUUUGAACCUCAUUAAAACUUCCAUCACCGAGUUGCCUGGAUCAUUAUGUGCUCUUUACCACUUACAGUUGCUUCAGUUAAACCAUAAAGUUAAGAGUUUUCCUGACAAACUCUGCAAUUUAAGCAAGCUACGACAUCUUGAAGGGUAUCAUGAUUUGACAUAUAAGUUGUUUGAAAAGGCUCUGCCUCAAAUUCCUUAUAUAGGCAAGCUAACUUUGCUACAACAUGUUAAAGAAUUUUGUGUGCAAAAGCAGAAGGGAUGUGAGCUGCGACAGCUGAGGGACAUGAAAGAGCUUAGUGGUAGUUUAAGAGUCAGAAACCUUGAGAACGUCACUGGAAAGGAUGAAGCCUUAGAGUCGAAGCUAUAUGAGAAAAGUCACCUUCGAAGCUUGCGCCUUGUGUGGGUCUGCAAUAGUGUCAUUAAUACAGAGGAUCAUUUACAGUUGGAGGUUCUAGAAGGUUUGAUGCCACCGCCUCAACUUAGGGGCCUCAAAAUCAAGGGCUACAGGUCUGCCACGUAUCCAAGUUGGUUGCUUGAGGGUUCAUAUUUUGAGAAUUUGGAAUCUUUUAAGCUUGUUAAUUGCAGUUCGUUAGAAGGCUUACCACUGAAUACUGAGCUCUUCAGGCAUUGCCGUGAACUGCAGCUCAGGAAUGUCUCAACUCUGAAAACAUUAUCUUGUCUUCCGGCAGCUCUUACAUGCUUAUCCAUUGGCAGUUGUCCACUGCUUGUGUUUAUUACCAAUGAUGAGGAUGAGGUGGAACAGCAUGAUCAGAGGGAGAACAUCAUGAGGAAAGACCAGUUGGCAUCACAACUUGCUUUGAUAGGGGAGGUGUAUUCCGGAUCAAAGAUUAAAGUAGUAUUAUCGUCAGAAUAUUCAUCUCUGAAGAAGUUGAUUACAUUGAUGGAUGCUGAUAUGUCACAUCUUGAAGCCAUUGCAAGUGCUGUAGAUAGAGAGAAGGACGAGGUAACGCUGAAAGAGGAUAUCAUCAAGGCAUGGAUAUGUUGCCAUGAGAUGAGGAUAAGAUUCAUUUAUGGAAGGAGCACCGGGGUGCCUCUGGUUCCACCAUCAGGACUUCGUCAACUUAGUCUUUCUUCAUGUAGUAUUACAGAUGGGGCAUUAGCUGUUUGCCUUGAUGGUCUCACUUCACUGAUACAUUUGUCCUUAGUGGAGAUCAUGACAUUGACGACACUUCCAUCGCAAGAGGUCUUCCAUCAUUUGACAAAGCUCGACUUCUUGUUCAUAAAAAGUUGCUGGUGUUUCACGUCAUUAGGGGGCUUACGAGCUGCUACCUCUCUUUCGGAGAUUAGAUUGAUUUUGUGCCCUUCUUUAGACUUGGCACGUGGAGCAAAUUUAAAGCCAUCAUCUCUUAAAGCGCUCUGUAUACAUGGGUGCAUGGUUGCAGAUAAUUUCUUCAGCAGUGACUUGCCGCACCUGAUAGAACUUUCUAUGUUUGGGUGCAGAAGCUCUGCAUCCUUGUCGAUUGGUCAUCUGACCUCCCUUGAAUCAUUAUCAGUUGGAAGUUUCCCGGAUCUGUGCUUUCUUGAAGGACUCUCUUCCCUGCAACUUCACCACGUACAUUUGACAAAUGUCCCGAAGCUCAGCACGGAGUGUAUUUCACUGUUUCGGGUUCAGAAAUCACUCUAUGUUAGCUGUCCCGUGGUGCUGAACCACAUGCUCUGGGCUGAAGGUUUUACAGUUCCGCCAUUUCUCUCUCUUGAAGGAUGCAAUGAUCCAUCCGUUUCACUUGAAGAAUCUGAAAUUUUCACAUCUGUCAAGUGCCUGAGACUAUGCAAGUGUGAAAUGAUGUCCCUGCCAGGAAAUCUUAUGUGCUUCUCCAGUCUGACAAAACUCGAUAUCUAUGACUGCCCCAACAUAUCAUCUUUACCAGAUCUUCCAUCCUCCCUCCAACACAUCUGUGUUUGGAAUUGUGAACGCUUGAAGGAGAGCUGCCGAGCACCUGAUGGAGAAAGCUGGUCAAAGAUUGCACAUAUCCGCUGGAAGCAAUUCAGAUGAACUGUGAUUCAGAUUCACAACUACAAAGAAAUGGAAAGCAGACCCGAGAUCUGUCCCGGUGUCCCCUCCAGCGACCUCGUCUACACUUCCUGUCAAGAGUUGAAGUGCCUCAAGCUCACUUGCACUUUAACUUUCUCCCUGCUGUCAGUGGUGCCGAACCCUCAGUUCCCUUUUUCGUCCACUCCUCCACUCUCAAUGUCUCUACGCCUCGACCACCUGUACUGAUACGUCUGUCUAAAUUUGAAUCUUGUUCUAUAUAGUUUUCUUUAUUUUGUCUUGGAGUGUUACUUUUGAUUGGCGCUGGUUGCAACAGUUUAUGUUGUGUGUUUGAGAUGCUAUCACCUGUACCUCACCUGAAUGCAGUUAGUUUUGGAUAAAGGUAAUUGGAGUUGGAAGCCUCUCUGUCCUUCAGAGUAGAAUAAGGCUGUGAGUUGAGUACACUCACUUUCAUGUCUUGAUCUUGAGUACUUGGAUUUCACGGUUGGUGUAAUGUGUUAUAUGAUUCUUUAUUUUUGUGGUUUGCAUGAUACUACAUCCUUCUUUGAAUAUUGGUGAUUUGUGUUGGCAAGUACA